UCUCCCAGAAGAACAGGCACUUUUCUAUCAGAAACAAGGUGGUUGUGUCCUCACGUUUCUGAGAUGGGAGUUGCUCGUGUGUUCUCGCGAGAAGUGGGAAAGGGCGCAGGGCUUGAAACAUGGCGGAAGACACGGACCAGCAACAAACUACCGACACUGGAGAGGAGCCCAUGGAUGUUAUCCGGCUCAGCUUAGAUGAGCGAGUUUAUGUGAAAAUGAGAAAUGACCAAGAGCUUCGAGGCAGAUCACAUGCUUAUGAACAUUUAAAUAUGAUCUUGGAAAAUGUGGAAGAAACUGAUACUAUAGAAAUUGAUGAAGAAACAUACGAAGAGAUAUAUAAAUCAAGGAAACCGAAUAUUCCAACGCUCUUUGUCUAGGGAGAUGGUUGUGCUGGUUACCUCUCCACUGAAAGUUGGGUGAAACAAAGAAUUUGUCCUGUAUGGAAAAUAGGAGACUUCGUACAGUAGCCUCUAAAUGUACAAGACAUUCAAAAGAGAAACCUGCAUACAUUCUGAUAUUAAUAAAUAAUUCUAGGGAUUCUCCCACUCCUGAAUUGAUUUGCAGAUAACUCACAACUUCUUAAGCUAAAUGGCAUUUUAAUUUUUCUAAAGUUCUUCCAAUAAAUAUGACCACCAAGAUGCAGAACUUUAUUUCAGGACUUGUUUUGCUCCAUUAUUCUUAUAGACAAUUUCUGAUAUUUUUUUCUUUAAAUUAAAAUGGUGCUUCCUUGUAGGGGAAAAAAAAAAACCAAAAUAUAAUAUAUAGUGGCUGGGUGCAGUGGCUCACACCUGUAAUCCCAGCACUUUG